AUUGGCUGUCAGAUCCUGCAUUGUGACAAGUGACAGUAAAAUUACAAUUAAAUCGAAAUUAAUAGUACAAUAUGUUUGAAAAGAUGAAGUAGCCCCAAUUUAUAAUGCAUUCAAGAAGGAGGGAAGAUGUCAGACGUUUAUUUGAGUGCUGGUGUGAAGUGGAGCCUGGUGCUGCAGAUCGACCAGCCUGGGUGAAGAGAAAAUUUCCUGAAACUUAUAAGGAUGACGACUUACAAUCUGUUCCAAAGUUUGCCUUUCCGUGUGAAAUGGAAAUCACGGUAGUUCAACAUUUCUCUUUUGUUUUAACUCGAAUGGAUGGAAAAUGGACUUACGGUUUCUGUAGACAUGAUCCACAACAAACUACGGCUUUUGUUGUUUUAACAUAUCUGCCAUGGCCCGAUAUAUUUUUUAAAUUUUUAAAUUGUAUAGCACAAGCAUCUAGGACGCCUAAUUUAAAAGACUUUUUAACAUCUGCGUAUUAUCAUCCUGUGCCAGAUCCAGACCAAAACUUUGAACUGAAAUAUGAGAAAGGAGACGGUGUUAAUCCCUUUGCCUUCCAAGUACCCAAUCCUCGAGAAUUGCCAAAGAUACCAGAAAAUAGGAACCUCACAGAAUAUUAUUCUGCAAUGGACUCUGACUGCAUGUUACACGUCCUUGCAGCGAUGCUAACAGAAAGGCGAAUAAUAUUUUCUUCAAAAAACUUAGGAAGACUAUCAUGUUGUGUUCAGGCAGCCAACACACUCAUCUAUCCAAUGGUGUGGCAACAAUUAUUUAUACCGGUGCUGCCGAUUCAAUUAAUAGACUACUUACAAGCACCCAUGCCUUUUUUAAUUGGUGUGCCUGAUCCUGUAUUGAAAACAGUCAGAACUUCAGAUUUGGGCGAAGUUGUAAUAAUAAACAUUGAUGAUAAUACUGUCAAAACACCGUUUGAUGAUUUGGCUCAAAUGCCACAGGAAGUUGUUGAUCAGUUGAAGAAGUCUUUGAAAAAUAGGCCGUCAUUACUAGGAGAUGGUGUUGCUAGAGCAUUUUUAAGAGCAAUAGUGCAAUUAACAAAGGGUUAUCGGGAUGCUAUGGAGUUCAGAGAGAAAAUUGUUUUUAAUGGAGAUUUAUUUGUGGAGUCACGACCACAGAGUUAUAGGCCGUUUAUUAGGAGUAUGCUGAGGUUGCAGACAUUUCAACAAUUCAUUGAAGAUCGUCUACACAUGCUUAAUUCAGGAACAUCAUCAUCAGAUGAGUUUGAAAAUGAGUUAGCCGUUAGCUCAGAGCAUGCAAAUAAUAGGUUCAAACAGCAAUAUAAAGAAUGGACUCGACAGAUGAGAAAAGAAGGUUCCGCUUUUAUUAGAACUGUAAAAGAUAAGACCAAUCCUGCUGUUAAAUCUGCCGUCAAAUCUGUUCGAGAUGGUGGCAAAGGCGUAAGAUCUGCUUACAAAGGUCUAAGAUCGAGGUUUCGUGAAAACGUUACAACGACCGAUGGUGGUCUUACAGUGUAUAGUGCUCCUAGAAAUGGUCUUCGAUCUGCACCAGACUCACCUUCCUCAUCUCGAAGACCAAAAUCAUAUGCUAUACCAUCAAGGACUUACAGAAAGGAAAACUCAGCAUAUAAUCUUUCGAAUUCAUAUGUUGACAGUAGUCCCACAGUAAGUCCACAGUCUCCUCUGCAAUCUCACAUAGUCGGACCUGAAAUAGAUCUGAUGAAAGAGUUACAGAAUCACCAUUUGUUCCAAAACUUGCCAAUUGUAGAUAGAACGUUGAAACCUCCGCACGCAACAAGUCGCCCUCAACUAGAAGCGCACACAUUGCCAAGGGAUGGCCCUUAUUACCCAGACCUCCAACUCUCCCAAGAAGUUCCCAUCGGAACUUUGUGCUAUUUCGAUACUCCUCCUAGUUCCAAUCGAUCAUCCUUCGAUUCUGUCCAAUUUCAUUCCACCAGAGACAGUUCGUCAUAUUCAUCCUGCAAUCCAGCCGAUCUGUCGUUUGGUGACGAGAAAGAUUUUAUGAAAACUCCUCCAAAGACUGCUCCUGAUUCGAAUCAGAAUCCUUUCGAAACCAAUAAAGUGACUGCUCUGGUUCCUGCAUUUGGAAUUAGUAACAUGUUUAAUAGUGUUGGUUCCAAUCAUUUUCCGAUCACGUCCAACCAAUUCUCGUCAUCUACUCCUAACAAAGCAAAUAUUUGCAAUAAUCCUAAAUCCAUAGAAAAUAUACCUCCGCCUCCAAUUGUUCCUCCUAGACCAAGUGCCAAGGUCGGAAAAGGCGGGAUAGACGUUUUAGAAAAUUCGCAACGUCUAAGGACUUAUAAAAAUGUUAAGAAACCUCCGGACGUCGGCGGAGAUCUCAUUCGUUUAGAUUCUACACCUGAUUUGCAGGAUUUUGAUCCUCUGAGUUCCAAUUCUUCCAAUAACAACCUAACCCAAAUCCAAAAUUCAAAUUCAGGUAGUCUAUCAAAUCCUAUUUAUAACUUAUAUUGUCCUCCAAAUUUAAAUGGAACCGGAAACAAAUUAAAUCCAUCAGAAACAACGGGCAUCAAGUUUAGUCAAUCGGCAUCAAAUAUUCCCAAUGGAUUCGGCGGGAGCCCUAAUAAGCAGAUUGAUAGUUCCAAAAAUGAUCUGGCUCUUUUACAAGAGUAUGGCUUAGAUUUUUCAAAAUUCAGCAUAUGUAACAAGAACGUAGUAAGUACAAAUUUACAAUCUAAUGGCACUAAUAAACAUUGGACUACUUUUGAUUAAAA